UCGCCUAGUAUCCCGACCCUGCUUGGUUGAACACUGCACUAGCUCUUGUCUGUAUUGGCCGGUCCUAUACUUCACCAUGACGAAACAAGACGUUCAAUUGUCCGUUUCCACGAACGGUCUCGCGAUCGAUGAUUCGGCCCCUUCGAGUGAUAUUUCUGCGCCACCUAAUACACCGGUCUCGGCCAUUUUCGAGCUCAGUGACUCUCCCUACGAUUCGGAUAAGUUUGACCUGUCAGGCAAGCUCGGAACUAUGACACCUCCCACGUCGGUAUACGAUGUGACGAAUCAGUUUGAAGGCAACCUAUCGGACUCUUCUCUCGAGGACGGACCGAACUCCCUUCAAGAGAUCAUGCUUAGCUUGAGUUACUUACGCGGCGACAAUGUGGAUUCCGAGGACUCCUUUUUGGACGACUACGACUACGCAGAGAACACAUCUUCAUCAAUCGAAGAGCCCAGCCAUCUGAUCCAGGAAACCGUGUUCACUCACCCGACUCACGUCGUCACUCGCACCGUACUCCGCCCAAACCAGUUCGUUCCCUCGUCUUGCCCUGAGAGUCCUGUCUCUGCUAGUCCAGCUAGGCCAAGCACCCCGAUCGAAGGAUCCAUGUCUGAUAUGUCUGCGUCUGAUGACUUUAUCAACAGGCUCGUGUAUAAGCUGUCUUUCGAAGAGGAUGUGGAAUAUCGCGAAUACCAAUGGCUCUUGGAGCAAUUUGGUAAGACAGAGGUUUACGUCAGUACGGAGGUCAAACUUGAAGGCGUCGACUUCAAGGCCAAAGGCGCGGAUAUCAAGGGCAAAGGUAUUGACUUUGCAUGCAGCUCUAGGCCACGCGUCUUCACCUUGCCUCCGCGGGCGUAAGGGCACAACUUCCUUGAGUUUAUUUUUCUUGUUCAUUUUCUCGGGUCUUCUCCGCAGUGUGCUAUAUUUUCAAGUGUUCUUAAUAUGUAUGUUAGUUGU